AUGGCCAAUCUAGCAGCGACGUACAGGAGGCAGGGCCGAUGGAAGGAGGCUGAGAAGCUUGAGGUGCAGGUGAUGAAGAUGAGCAAGACGAAGCUCGACGAGGACCAUCCCUCCACGCUGACCAGUAUGGCCAACCUGGCGUCGACAUUUUGGAACCAGGGCCAGUGGAAAGAGGCCGAGCAGCUCGAGGUGCAGGUGAUGAAGAUAAGCAAGACGAAGCUCGGCGACGACCAUCCCUCCACGCUGACCAGUAUGGCCAACCUAGCGUCGACGUAUAGGAACCAGGGCCGGUGGGACGAGGCCGAGCGGCUCGAGGUGCAGGUGAUCAAGAUGAGCAAGACGAAGCUCGGCGACGACCAUCCCUCCACGCUGACCAGUAUGGCCAACCUAGCGUCGACGUAUAGGAACCAGGGCCGGUGGGACGAGGCCGAGCGGCUCGAGGUGCAGGUGAUGAAGACUCGCAAGACAAAGCUCGGCGAAGACCAUCCCGACACGCUGGCCAGUAUGGCUUCUCUCGCUUUUACCUGGAAAUCUUUAGCGCACGACGCAGAAGCGAUCGACUUGCUGCGAGAUUGCUUAACUAGGCAGAAGCAAACACUCGGCCUGGAUCAUCAGACUACUUUAUCCACUUUUGAAACAUUCUCGCAGUGGCAAAUGGAAUCGAUACUGGAAGCUGAAGGGGAUUGGGAAAGCGAUGAAGAAUAG